CCUCAGUGCUGUUCAAACUGAAGGUAAGACUUUGCAGCUCUCAUCAGCAGUAACAUGGCACCAAUGUUCCCUGCAUUUAAAAAGGUUUGGACCCAUUUCCAUACUUCUAUACUUUUGAAAUAUUCACAAGAGCUGAACGGAGUCAACAUCGUCAGUGGGCCGAUAUUUGAUGUGGACUUUGAUGGAAAUGUAGAUCCAGUCAGAAAAUGACAGAGAACGAAACUUCAGUGCCAACGCAUUUCUUCUUGAUCAUGACCAGCUGUCGCAACUCAAGCUUCAGUCCUGUUAACUGUGAGGGUCCACUUCAGGCCAUAUCCUUCAUCAUGCCCCACAAACCCGACUACUCAGAGUUCUGUGCUACGCAGUCUGACUUGUCGUGGGUGGAGGAGUGGCUGAGGUUCCACAUCGCACGAGUCCGAGACAUCGAGCUGCUAACGGGACUCAGCUUCUACCAUGACAGGAUAUCGGUGGAAGAAACGAUACAGCUCAAAACAUUUCUGCACACUGUUUAAACUCAGAGACUAUGGCUGAAAUAAUCAAAUACAGCCAUCGGUGGGGCAUACAGCAAUCUUUUUUUGGAUGCACCAUAAACAGUGGAUAAAAGUUCUUAUUUCACACCAAAAUAUUUCUAACUUGAAGGGACAUUCAUUUCAUUAGUGAUAUAAUCAUUUUUAAGACCAGUCUUCCUCUAAUUUAGGCACAAAUCUAUGCAGUGAAUCUCGAUUUAAAGAAUAAACAUUUUUGAUCUUCCUCAGACUUUUUGGAAAAAAUAAAAUCACUUUUUGUCUGUGAAAUAUCAGAAAUAAAUUACCAUAUUGGAUAAAAUUAAAGAAAUUAUGCCAUACAUUAAGAGGUCUAUCCAUCCAAGUUUUGUUCCUGCCUGUUUUUUUAUUUGUAUGGUUUUGCACCAGUACUACGUUUAGCAUUUCAUCAUUUUUUUAAAAAGAUUUAUUCUAUUUUUAGUUUGUGUAUGUUGGUCAUGCAGGUAUGGAUUGUUUGCCUUUGCACAGGCAGAAGAUUUAUCCGCAGAAACAAAAUUGUUGUGCUUUUAUUUUAUAAAAGCCCAAUGAGUGUGUGAAAGAAAAUGGAAGAAGGUACAUUGUUGAUACACCUUUAAAUUAAAAACUUUCUAGCAGUCAAUUAACUGUUGUAUUUUUCAUAAUGAAAUAACUAAAAAACUAUAAUUCGCAUUUAUCCUUUUAUUGCCCCUUCUUCCAUUUUCCACACAAAGAGAAAAAGUAAUUUAUGACUAAGAUAAUUUUAAUUGUAUGUAUGUAUUUGCAAUCUCCAGUUUGAGCACUAGAUGUCACUAAAUCCCCAAUCAGAAAUUGUACAAUAAAUACUGACGAGUUUAAUCAUAUUUUAUGUUCAGUAAUUUGCUGAUUUAGAAUUAAAAAUGAAUCCCUGAAGUGAAACACAUUAUAUUGAUUAAUUACACUGAAAAUAAUGUACACAAGCCUCUAUUUCUGUUGAUUAUGAUGAUUUUCUGUAUACAGCAAAUGAAAACACAUUUAAAUUAAAAUGUCAGUUCAGACCAAUAAAAAACAUUUUCUGUGUAGAAAAUAAAAUAUAAUGUUCAAUGUCUGUUUAAAUGCUACUUUAAUCUGCCAGACAAGAGCCUCGUCAGAAUGAGUUUGAGUUUAGAUAUCAGUGAUUUUGUUCCCUAUCUGUUCUUGAAUGUCUUUCGUUCAGGGCAUUAUGUGUUGCUAUUUGAGAGCUUUCAGCCUACUUCAUGCUGCCAGACCAGUUUUAUUGAAGUGAUUUUUUUGAUUUUGGCAGUAAUGUGUGAGUGCAUGGAUGUGUAGCUUUUCCCCUGUCCUCUCCAAUCAGACUGGAUCAAACCACCAUCACUCUACCUCCUGUUUCUCUUUCAUUUUAUGUUGUUAUUUCUGUCUGUGCCCAGAUGGCUUCUUUAUCAUUCAUGUAUGAGUGUUUUGUACAAAUGUGUGUACAUGUGGAUAUAAAUUUGGAAUCACCACACUGUAA